GUGAGUCCUUUAGAACAAUUUGAAAUUUUACCAAUUUUUCAAAUACCUUUUAUUUUAACAAAUGCCUCUUUAAUUUUAAUUAUAGGUCUUUAUUUUAUAAUAGUUUACUUAUUUAUUCAAAGUAAAUUUAUACCAACUCAUAUACAACAAAUAUUUGAAAUUAUAUAUAAUACUGCUUUAGAAUUAGCUUACUCAAAUAUAGGUAAAAAUGGAAGAUAUUUCUUUUCUUUAAUUUUUGUAUUAUUUUUUUUUGUAUUAUUAUGUAAUUUAAUUGGUAUGAUCCCUUAUAGUUUUACUGUAACAAGUCAUUUAAUUAUUACUUUUGCAUUAUCUUUAACUAUUUAUAUUGGAUUUAAUAUAAUAGGUAUUCAAAAACAUAAAUUAAAAUUUUUUGGUUUAUUAUUACCUAGUGGUGCAAGUAUUAAUUUAGUACCUUUAUUAGUACCUAUUGAAUUAAUUUCUUAUAUUUUUAGAGCAAUUAGUUUACCAGUGCGAUUAUUUGCUAAUAUGAUGGCAGGACACACUUUAUUAAAAGUUAUUGCAGGUUUUGCUUGGACUAUGUUAAAUGUAAAUACUGUAAUAUUUAUUGCACAUUUUAUUCCUUUAAUAUUAUUAGUUAUAUUAGUAAGUAUUGAAUUAGGUGUUGCUGUAAUUCAAGCUUAUGUAUUUACAAUAUUAACUUGUAUUUACAUAAAUGAUGCUUUAAAUUUACACUAA